CCUUAGCUCCGGGCGGGCGGCGGCUGCUGCAGUGGGACCCGGGAGCGGGGCCCGGCGCCGCCCGGGCCGUGGGGCGAUGUGAGCCCCAGGUGUGUCCCAGGGAGAUCCAGGUGACUUCUCUGCAGACUGCUUGCCAUGCCACCCCACCAAGAACAGGGGGAAUAAAGUGGGGGUCCUUCCCCAUGCCCCUCCCAUGGUCAGCUCUCCAAUGGCCUGGGUGAGGGCAGGCAGGCUGCUCUGACACCAUGGGGAGCUGCUGCAGCUGCCUGAACCGAGACAGCGUCUCAGACAACCACCCCACCAAGUUCAAGGUGACGAACGUGGAUGAUGAGGGGGUGGAGCUGGGCUCCGGAGUGAUGGAGCUGACCCAGAGCGAGCUGGUGCUGCACCUGCAUCGGCGCGAGGCUGUCCGCUGGCCUUACCUCUGCCUGCGGCGCUAUGGCUACGACUCCAACCUCUUCUCUUUUGAGAGUGGCCGCCGGUGUCAGACUGGCCAGGGGAUAUUUGCAUUUAAGUGCUCCAGGGCUGAGGAAAUCUUCAACCUCCUCCAGGAUCUGAUGCAGUGCAACAGCAUCAAUGUGAUGGAAGAGCCAGUCAUCAUCACCCGCAACAGCCACCCGGCUGAGCUUGACCUCCCUCGGGCCCCCCAGCCUCCCAAUGCUCUAGGCUAUACCAUCUCCAGCUUCUCCAAUGGCUUCCCUGGCUGCCCAGGGGAGGGUCCCCGAUUCUCAGCACCCCGGCGCCCCUCAACGAGCAGCCUCCGCCACCCCUCGCUUGGUGAAGAGUCCACCCAUGCCCUCAUUGCCCCAGAUGAGCAGUCCCACACCUACGUUAACACGCCAGCCAGCGAGGAGGAGCAGCGCCGAAGCCGGCACUGCCUGCAGCCCUUGCCUGAGGGCCGGGCGCCCUUCGCGCAGCAGGCCCGGGGCCCCGACCAGCGGGACCCACAGGUGUUCCUGCAGCCGGGCCAGGUGAAGUUCGUGUUGGGCCCCACCCCAGCUCGGCGGCACAUGACCAAGUGCCAAAGCCUGUGCCCGAGCCUGCAAGACGCCCCCCACCACAACAAUAACAACGAGGGCCUUUCAGAGUGCCCGGCCCAGCCCAAGUGCACCUACGAGAACGUCAGCGGCGGGUUGCGGCCGGGGGCGGGCUGGAAACUGAGCCCGGAGGAGCCGGGCUGGAACGGCCUGGCCCAGCGCCGGGCUGCACUACUGCACUAUGAAAACCUGCCCUCCCUGCCCCCCGUGUGGGAGAGCCAGGCCCCACAGCCAGGGGAGGAGGCCGGGGAUGACGGUGACUCAAGGGACGGGCUCACACCCUCCUCCAACGGCUUCCCGGAAGGCGAGGAGGACGAGACCCCGCUGCAGAAGCCCACCAGCACCCGGCCUGCCCUCCGCAGCCACGGCAGCUUCCCCGUGCCGCUGACCCGGCGCCGAGGCUCCCCGAGGGUCUUCAACUUUGAUUUCCGCCGCCCGGGCCCGGAGCCCCCGAGGCAGCUCAACUACAUCCAGGUGGAGCUGAAGGGCUGGGGUGGAGACCACUCCAAGGGGCCCCCGAACCCCUCCGCCCCCCGAGGCCCUGUGGCCACCACGCACCCUACCCGAAGCUCAGACUCCUACGCCGUGAUCGACCUCAAAAAGACCGUGGCCAUGUCCAACCUGCAGAGGGCGCUGCCCCGCGACGACGGGACCGCCCGGAAAACCCGGCACAACAGCACCGACCUGCCUCUGUAGGGGCGCCCCUCCUCCGCCCGGCCCAUCCUCCGCCUGCCGCUCCCAUGCCCCGAACCCCGACGCCAGGGCUCGGGGCUGCUUCGCAGAAGGGCACUGAGGUGGACCAGAUGCUUACCGCACUGGCCAGAGUCCCCAAAGAUAUCAGCCGCAGAGUCCCCCGGUGUCCGAGUUGGGGACAGGAGAAGGUGACCAGGCGAGGAGGGAGCCGCGGUGUAAACUGUGAAGGGCCCCCCGACGGCAAUUAGCACCCUCCCGUUCUGUCAUCUGUCGCGUCUGUCGUCUGUGUGUUUUUUUGGUUGAAAUUUGGAAACAUU